AUAACGUCAUCUCAAAUGGCUCAGAAAUAUUAACGAAUGACGUCACGAGUGUAAACAAAUAAUCAUGGCUAAAAUAUCGUUCGACGUAAAGAUCUCUGAAGCAUUUGGGUAUUUUAAUAGCUAUGAGAAAGCCUUACAAGAAAUUAAUGCAUUCCAGAGAAACACGGGAACUUUCUUCUGCCAGGCCUGGAGCCAUAUCAAGGAAUCUAAUCACUCAGAUGUGAAACCUGGUGCACACAAGAUCUUUUGGAAUGAUGGUGAAAAUAGCAGAAUAAAAAAAUGCCACUUAGAAUUUGAUGGUCUACCAUACAUUGUUCUUGGAAGCCGUAUAUAUGAUUGCCAGUAUGGUGUUGAUCGCAACUUGAACCAUAAGCGAAGAUACAAGGAGUCUCAAAUGAAAGGUGAGAAUUUAUUCAAGAAACGCUACCAUCGAGUCCCAGGCACCAAGAAACAAGAUUGUCCUGCACAAAUCUAUCUGCGAGAGAUAAUCAAAUUUCCAAAUUUCAGAAUAACAUCAAAUACAGAAUACUACAGAAAAAAGGCAUCCUCUCAAGUUCAAAAUGCCAUAAAAGAAAAAAAUGCAUGUGGAGAAAGAAGAACAUAUGUACACUUUCCCUAUAUGAUUGACCAUAAAAAUCAUUCUGUGGCAGAGAUUCAAGGUUUAAAGUAUCCCAUUGAUUCAAGAGUCAAAAGAAAAAUAGAAGACUUAGUUGCUGAAGGGGUAACAGACAGCAAAGCUCUUAAAACAUCUCUGAGGCAGUUUGUACAAACAGAGAUAUUUGCUGGGCAGGAUUCACCAUCAAAAAGCAAUAGACAUUUCUUUCCCAAAAAGUCAGAAAUAGAAAACUGUGUAAAUUUAUCCACAAUUAAACUAAGAAUAUCUGAGUCUGAUCAAGAAGAUGUUGAAAUCAAAAUUAGAGAAUGGCAGCAGUGUCAACCAGAGGACAAAUUCUACUUCAGGCCUUAUGCAGAUGUGACAGAUGAAACUUCUUUUCAUCCACCUGAUUAUUUUCAGCAGUUGUUGGUUGUUUACCAGACAAAGUGGCAAUGCCAGUUAUUAGAUUGGUAUGGCCAGGAACUCUGUAUAUUGGAUGGCACUUAUAAGAAUCUGGAUAAUUCUCUUCUCCUGUUUUUUUUGGCUGUUAAGACUGAUGUUGAUUAUCAAGUUGUGGGGUCUUUUAUAGUGCAGAGUGAAACAGAGGCAGCUGUUAAAGAGGCCCUUAAUAUUUUUAAGGAAUGGAAUCCUCAGUGGAAGCCUUCAGUCUUCAUGUCUGAUUUCUCGAGAGUGGAAAUGGCUGCUAUUGAACAGACAUUUCCUGAUGUACAGGUUCUCAUUUGUGAUUUUCAGCGUGAACAGUCUUGGGAAAGAUGGGCUCUAAAUGCUGAUAAUGGCAUUUAUUCCAUAAAAGAUGAGGUUCUUUCACAUUUAAGGACAAUUUCUCAUUCCAGUUCAAUACAAGAGUUUAAUGAAGCAGAGCAGCACUUAUUCAGUAGUGACUUUUGGAUUAAGAACCCAAAAUUACAGAAGUGGUUUGGGAAAAUCUGGCUGCCUGAACAUCAGAGAUGGGUAUGGGCUUACCGAAAAGAUCAUCUUCUAAAUACGAACACAUAUAGUGGAAUUGAACAGCUUAAUGAAACUUUCAAAUGCUACUACAUAAAGUGUAACAACCAGAAUGCCCUAAGUGGCCUGCUUUCAAUUCUCGUGGAAUAUUUCUUGCCAGAUCUCUACACCAAGUGCCUACAGGAGACCACUGCAGAAGAAAUAGAGACCAAUAUUCCAGAGGAGUCACCAGUAUAUGAGGAACCCAAAGAAAACCUUGCCUUAAAAUGCCGUGAAGUGAUUGACCACAUCUGUAAUUACACUUACCUCUUGGAAGAUCCACUUAUACUGCGAGAACUCUAUGAAUCUCUCUUAAUUGCAUAUGACACUGUUUUAGAUUAUGCAGAGGGAAAGAGGGGCUCUGCCUUAGAGCAAAAAGAUACUAAGUUUCAGUCAAGCAACAUCACAAGGUUAACCAAAAAAUCUACUCUCAAAUUAACAAGGGAGAAUAGGGAACAAAUUUUGAGAGUUCAAGUACAAGAAAAGUCUUGUGUAAUUCCUGAAACUUAUGAAGUAUUAGAAUCAGUUGAAGAUAAUAAGUUUGGUGAUCUUGUGGUUGGGUCAUCAUGGACUCAUCCUCAAAGUGAAGUUAUUGAUUCAUGUGUUACCUAUGACACAGUUCUGGAGAGUACUAGCUGUAUUAAUGGAAUUGAGUCAGAACAAAGUGAAGAAACAUUGCAAGUGAAGCCAUUGCAGAUCACGAAAAAGAUUUAUUUGAUCCAGCCUAAGGAAAAAGUAAAAAACAAUGUAAAAGUUUGUGUAGGAGAAAAGUCGUGUAUAAUGCCUGGAAUUUUUCAGCUGUUAGUGCCAGUUGAACAGAAUAUUAAAGAUGAUAAUACUGAAAUGGUGGAGGAAAAGCCAACUAUAAUGCCAGAAACUUAUCAAGUGCUGGUACCUGUUGAAGAUAAUAAUAAGAUUGAUGAUUUAAUGGUUGGACCAGAAUGGACUCACUCACAGAGUGGUGAUGUAGCAUCAUAUGUAACUGUUUCAGAUACCGGCCAAAAAAAAAGAAAACAAAUAAGAAAAGGUACAUCACUUCUAGGCAAAAAAAUGGACGAAACUGUUAGCAAAGCAUACAGGUCUGGCAAAAGCCCUCCAAAAGCACAAGCAGUUGCAAGAUCAGACAUUACUUUAUGAAAAGAAGCAGAAAAAUGUUAUGAAAGAACUACUAGUAUUGGUAAGUUGGUAUGAAAUGAGAAUUAUUAUAUAUUUCAGUUAUAAGUAAGAAUGAAUUUGUUGAAUUGUUAAUUCUAUAAUGUAUCAUCCUCAUGUAGCAAGUACAAGAAUACCAGUUAAUAUAUGACA